UGUUUUCAGGGCCCUCAGGGUUCUAAAUACAAGUGGCGUCACAGAUAGGCGGAUUGCUAGCUUAUUUUAAAAUUGUAUAGGUAGAUUUACCCAAACAAAAUGUGUCGGACAGUACUGAGCCUAUUUCAGGCAUUAAUAUGCAUGCUCCAACUAGCAAUAAGAAUCAUUAUGACAAUCGGCCUAAUGACAGAAAGUCUGAUCAGAUUGGUACUUCAGAGCAUUUACAACUUUUUGUCGUUUCUGUUUCAAUUAAUAUCACUUCUACCAAUUUGCUGCGUAUUCUUAGUUACAUCGAAAAUAAAAUGUGCUCUGUUCUCCGGUGGUGGCGGCUGUCCGGCUGGUGCCAGGGGAGGAUCUUGCGACUGCAUUUUGUCUGUUGCGGCUAUACUGAUUUUGCUUUUGAUAUUUCGAGCCACAGGCGUUUUAGAUAAAAUUUUCCAUAGAUUAGGUUAUGACAAAAGUUUUGUGGUAAAGCACCCCACGGGCACAGUCUCGGAGUGUUCUAGGAAUAUGAAUGACACUGUGUACCAACUGUACGAUUACGAUAAUAGCGAUGUUGCAAGUGACGUUAUGGGCGAUGUAUUGAGGUUAGGAGAGACGCUUGACAUAGAAAUGGCGGAGCAGGAUUUGAAGACUGAAGAGCAGCCUACAACUCUUUGGUCAUCUACAACUUUAUGCCUUUCUACAACGAUCAUGAUGAUCCCAACCAUUGAAGUCACAGAAUCUGUAGAUGGAAUGAUUUCAAAAGUGACGACGAUUGCUCCGCCAAUCACACCGACACAAACAAUACAAAUUCUAAAGAAUGGGUUAACUCAGGUUGAGUAUCUUGAGUAUAAUAGCACUACUCAGCAAGACCAUCCAAUUAUUCUUAGUCCGAAGGCUAAGGACUCUGAAGAUACACAUAGCAAUUGGACGACAGUUAUUUACUACCUGGUAGCUUGAAACAUUUUAAGAAUCGCUUUACAAGUAAUACCUACCUAGAUUUU